AUGGCUGCCAAAUUAUUAUCCGAUCUUGCCUCUGGUGUGACUUGUGUUCCCUCCAACUAUGUCCGGCCUGUACAUGAUCGUCCAAGUCUCGUCAUGCCCCCCGAUCACUCUAUCCCUCUCAUCAAUCUCCACGGUUUCGACGGUUCGAGGCGCCAUGAAAUAAUCGACCAGAUAGGCCUUGCCUGUCAAAAUUAUGGUUUCUUUCAGGUCCAAAACCAUGCAAUUGAAGAGGCCGUGAUCGACAACAUGUUAAAAGUAGCGAGGGAGUUUUUUCAUCUGCCAGAAAGUGAAAGGCUCAAGUGUUUCUCCGACGACCCGUUGAAGACCACAAGACUGUCCACCAGUUUCAAUGUCAAAACUGAGGCGGUCUCCAGCUGGAGAGAUUACUUGAGACUCCAUUGCUACCCUCUCGAGGACUACAUGCAUGAAUGGCCCUCCAACCCUCCGUCUUUCAGGGAAGAUGUGGCUGAGUAUUGUAGGAAUGUGAAAGGAUUAGCAGAGAGACUUCUGGAAGCCAUAUCAGAAAGCUUAGGCUUAGAAAAGGAUUACUUGAACAGGGCAUUGGGGAAGCAUGGGCAGCACAUGGCCAUCAAUUACUAUCCGCCUUGCCCUCAGCCGGAGCUGACCUAUGGCUUACCUGGUCAUGCUGAUCCUAAUGUCGUGACCCUUCUCCUUCAAGAUGACGUGGCAGGCUUGCAGGUCUUCGACAAGGGCAGAUGGGUUGCAGUCAAGCCCAUGCCACAUACGUUCAUUGUCAACAUUGGUGAUCAAAUGCAGGUUGUUAGUAAUGAUCGUUAUAAGAGUGUACUCCAUCGAGCAGUGGUGAAUUGCGACAAGGAAAGGGUCUCCAUCCCAACAUUCUAUUGCCCAUCCUAUGAUGCUGUGAUGGAGCCAGCCCCCCAACUUGUUGAUGAUCAUCACCCUCCCCUCUACAGGAGCUUUACCUACGCAGAGUUCUAUGAGAAAUUCUGGGACAGAGGCCUCAACACUCGAUCCUCUUUGGACUUGUUUAAGACUACCUCUCAUGCUUAA